CAACGAUCGCCCCACGUUUCGCCCUCUGGAGGUUGAUUUUUCCUCAAAAUUUCCCAUGUCGAUGAUACGAUGAAUGUUGGUUUAGGCAUUUUCGACAAUCUCCUCGUUAUCUCCUACAGCAUAUGGUGUAAAAGAGCACUGUUACCCUGGGUCAGGCUCGUGCCAGGCUCUGUGUCUUACGGCUCAAAAUAAACGAAUAUGUGAGCAUCAUACCAAGCAGUUGAAGGCUAAAGAGAAAGAAAAGUUAUAACAGGGUAUGAAACCUGGCAAUUAUCGCACCAAAACCACCACUUUUCUCUGUCCUGAAUCUCAGCAUAUUGAUCCACCUCGUCUAUCAUAAUUUUACAAGUAACAAGUCAGACAGGUUUCGUUUUAGAAACAACUGCAACUCAUUUCCGCAUGAAAUUUUAAGUAAUUAUCGUACUGUUUAACGAUAUACGUUUGCCUUGGGCGCAUUCGGUGUCUAUCUCUAUGAUUCGCCUUCCGCAAAUUGUUUUCUUUUUCAGGAACUUAAUCUCCAGCUCUCCAAUUACAGAGUGAAAAAAAAAAAAAAAACUUGCAGUGGCAUUUCGUGACACGAAUUCUCCUGACAUCGAGACGCGACUGCGAUAAUUAUUAUCAUUUUGACAAUUCAGUUGGUAAAUUUACUAUCGUGUGUCUCGUCGUCUGUGCGAUAGGUCUCAGGUAAUGAUCACUGACACGCGGCACAGUCUUUCGUGACGAGGAAUUCGCUUGUCCAAUGAAAGAAUAUUUCUAACGAAAAGCCUCAUCAGAAAAAAGGAGAGAAAGAUUCCAUAAAAAUUUCCUAAUUUCCGCUAACCUUUCGUUCAUUAAAUUGCCGGAAAAAUGAGAAACGGUAGAAUUUUUCUUGGAAUUUAAUAACAAAUAAUUGAAACGCAGGGUAAAUUGUAAUUUUUAAGGAGACCAAUCCAUCAACUUUCAAGUCUCCUCUCCUCGUCAAAAAAACAUAAACAAAAUUGGUGAAUAAAUCAAUUGAAGAAAAAUCUGCGAGAAGUCACGAAUGAAAGGGAGAGAACCAAUAUUUUAUGAACGUUCUCGCGCAUGACAGUGUUUAUCCUCAAGAUUUAUAGCUACUAGGUGCAAUAUUCAGAUUGCGUCACGUGCUACAUUAUACAUAGUUUGUGCGAGUUGUACAGGAUUCGAUAAUGUUGGUUUGGGGGUUGUGCUGAGACGCGAGGGUUACCUCGCACGCCAGUCCGUGCUUAGACGUGACUCGUGACGCAGCUGUUUCUAUAAAAUCACCGAAAUAAAAUACAUAUUCCAACUACUGUUGAGCGAGACGUUACAUGAGGAGACAUGUCCUGGUGGAGGAAGUCCCGGGACUCUAUAUUCGGCGUCUCACACUCGAGGAUCCCCGCAUCGCUCGCGAUCGUGUAGACCGCCCCGACUCAAGGUCGCCAUCACCAGUACGUCAUAUAUGUCAUCCACGUAGUGCCGAUGCUCGCCCUGGGCGAGGAUCAUCUAGUUGUAGAUUUUGGCUCCAACGAGUGAAAAACGAAAAGCCCGCCUAUUUGACGAUAACAUCCCUUGAACUACCGGACUGUCCAAUUCCCCUGAUAGAAUCCCAAGCGAGUGGACGUUGGAGAUGUGCAGAGUCGCCGAGAAAUCCUGGAAAAGAUGAAAUUUUGGAUGAGUUGAUAGACAGUGUCUCGAAAGUGGCAAGACCGAGGAAGAACGUGAAAAGUGCUGAUCAGAGUAUUUCUAAGGCGAUUCAGAGAAGCAGGAGACAGUUUAUCGAUUCACCCGAAUGUCAAAGCACUCUCGGUAGUUUGGAAGCAUGCACGAAGAGUAUUUCCGGAGGUCCACCUCGGGCAAUAAUCGCUAAUUCAAGUGAAUCUAUCAAGGACUGCAUAUGCUCAGAAUUUACGGAGAAUCUCCAGAUCAACAUUCGUGAGGAGACCGAGGUCAAGCCGCCGUCUUCACGGAGUCCAAGUCCGGAAGUGACUCACACCAUAAGGAUUGCUAUGAAAUACCUUGGUCAAUCGCAACGUCGACCAGAAGAGGCAAUCGGAAAUGAUGGUACGCGAACACCAGAAGACACUCCUAGUGACACAAAAAGUGAUGACUCCAAAGAGGGAAGUGAAUGUAGUGUUAAUGUUGCAUUGGAUUUUACCCUAAAUUGUUGCAGUGUACAACUUACAUCUAGAGAUAUUACGCUGAAACCGGCGUCCAUUGAGGCCCAGAAUUCGACAUAAUGGGUUUGAUUACUUGAUGGAGGAAAAUAAUUGGUAAUUACGGCGAACGGUUUGGAAAAAUUCCCUACAAAUCCCUAAUUUCCAUUAAAUAUUUCUCGUCCGUGUUUUCAAGGUAGCAAUUGUUUAUUUAUAUAUUUACUAAUAUUACCCGAUGAUUUAAUACCAUUUUUCAUGAUUUGAAUAGGUUUUACGAAAUAGUUACGAUAAUUUCUUUGCACAGCUCUUGAUUAGCCAAUAUAAAGCGAUCAGGAGCCGUCUACGAAACCUAUAAUUUAGCUCCACACAUUCCUCAAACCUGAGAGAAAUAUAAUAAACAAAAAAUGCUGACCAAUGCAAGAAUAAUAAAGACCAAUGACUAAGUAUGAUGUAUCAUAUGCUACGGCUAGGCAAAAAAUAAUUGGGGAACAAAUUAAAUGAGGAAGGAAUUUCAUUAAAAAACUUUAAUACAUAAAACUAAAA